ACACAAACAUAGCGGAAAUGGUUGACUUGUUUGAAGGGUUGGCGCGAGCUUGACGGCAAGCUUCGACUCGAGGAAGUACUCAGAGCUCAUUUCUAUGAUUUAGACACCAAAAAAACCCAAACUUUUACUCGACGACCUAUAAACGGAAAGAUGGCACAAGAAAACAUUUUCCUCUUCGUCCCUAAUCUGAUCGGCUACGCCCGCAUUGUGCUGGCACUGGUGUCCUUCCUCCUAAUGCCGUGUUGCCCAUACCCCGCCUGUUUGUGCUACAUGCUCAGCAGCCUCCUGGACGCCUUUGACGGCCACGCCGCACGCGCGCUCAACCAGUCCACGCAGUUCGGCGCCAUGUUGGACAUGCUGACGGAUCGCUGCGCCACAAUGUGCCUGCUGGUCAACCUGGCACUGCUCUACCCGUCCUACACCUUCCUCUUCCAGCUCAGCAUGUGCUUGGACAUCGCCAGCCACUGGCUGCACCUGCACAGCUCGACGGUUAAGGGCUCAGCCAGUCACAAGAGCAUCGACCUGUCCGGAAACCCGCUGCUGCGUGUCUACUACACAAACAAGGUGGUUUUGUUCUUGAUGUGCAUGGGCAACGAGCUCUUUUUCUGCCUGCUCUACAUCGUGCAUCACCUACAACAACCCAGUGCAUUGGUGUACUGUGCCCUUGUGGCGAGCGGCGUGGUGUGUGUGCUGAAGUCCUGCAUCAGUGUGGUGCACCUUGUGACGGCCUCUCAGAACAUGGCCGCCAUGGACGUCGCCCAGCGCGCCGCCACCACGAAGUCGCAGUGAGAGUGUCCGUCGCGUCGCCGUCUUUUGUGAUUCAGCAGGCAUUUAACCUCAUGAAUCAGAUUGUCAUUUGGAUCGUUUGGACACAAUCGACAUUUCUUGCUGGCGUUUUGUUUUUUUGGUGGGGGAGUGGAGGCACCUCUUUUAUCUGAAGCUCGCAUUAGCCACAAAAUAUGUUGGACUGAAGAGCAAAGCGCAAUUGAAUUCCUUUGACACUUGGACAUGUGGGUAAGCAAAUGGAGCGCGCCUGAGCGCUAAAUUGCAGUACAAGCAAUUAUUUACCCUCCAUUUCAUUUUGAUUUGGGCACACACAUUCCAGGGUGGAUGAGAAGUAACUCUCGAUUUGGAAACCCUUGUCUUUUUUCUUUUCUUGACUGCAAGAAAUUAAUUGAUAAAAAGGUGGCAAGAUUGGCUUUUGAUUUCCAGUUCUAUGCGGGCACCAGUGUUGCCCAGCAUCUUCAACUGAUUUGAUGAGAAAGUCUCCUGACCAAACUAAACUCUCCAAAGUAGUUGUUGUGUGACUGGAAACGAAAGAAAAAAACAAAAUAUAAAUGUGGCAAAAAUUGUUUAAUUCUUUACAGUCUUUUUAACUACAUUCAUCCAUCCAUUUUUUAUUCUGCUUAUUGUUACAAGGGUCGCGGGCGUGCUGAUCCGAGCUGUCUCGUGCAGCAGGUGGGGUACACCCUGAACUGGUUACCAGCCAAUCGCAGGGCAUACAUAGAUGAAUAACCAUCCGCGCACACCUCGGGACAAUUUAAUGUUCCAUUAGCCUGCCAUGUACAGUAAAUUUUUGGAAUGUCGGAGAAAACCCACAGAAGCACGGAGAAAACAUACAACCUCCACACAGGAAAGCCAGAGCCAGAAUCGAACUCUGUACUGUGAAGCCGACGUGUUAACCAGUCGACCACUGUGCCGCCCUUUUAACUACAUCAUUACUGUAUUUUUUUUAUUAAGUCAAAGGGUUUAGGAUGCUAUUACAAGUUUUUUUUUUGGGAGGGGUGCUGGGGGUGCUGGGGGAGAUUGAUUUGCAUUUCCAUUCUAUUUCUGCUAUGGCCAGAUUGUCAUGUUUUUUUUUCCCCCUGGGGCUGCGGACAUUGCAGGUGUUUUUACGUUUUUUUUUUCUCAUUCCAAAUUCAACUUUUGAAAUUAGCUGAACUCAUCGCUUCUCAACUUCAAUUGAACAUGUGUGCUCUGCGAUCGCUUGCUUGCUUGCUUGGGUCUGAUCAUGUGAAAGACGAUCAUUUUGUUAUUGGUCGAAAGUUGCUGCAAAACGAUGAGGUAUAGAUUAAAACAGAUUUUUGUUGUGGAGGUUUUUGUGGCACCAAUAUCAUUUUCGUUUGUGUGUGUUUUUCCCACUUGUGCUGCUAUUAUUCGUGUAGGACGGGUGAUGAUGAACUACGAGCAACGUGUAGAAUGUAUUAUUAGCGAACGCGUGUUAUUUCGGACAACUUGUAUUUAUGCUUUUUUUUUUUUUGCUGCUGCCGCUGGGUGGAUUUAUAGCACUUCAAAAAUAAAAGUAAAUAAGCUUCAA